AUCGGCCUAAACGCGUUUGUCAAAAAUAGUUGUAAACAAAACAAUUUUCUAGUUUCUGGUCGAGAAAUCUCGUCUUUUUUUAGUUAAUUUAGAUGUUUAAUCCAUCUGAACGUUAUAAAUAGGCUUAGGAAUACGCGAAUAUAAUAAAAGCUAUUCAAUAUGCUCGCACCAACAAGAAAAUGGCCACUGGGCGUUAAUUUUCUACUCGCUGUGUUUUUUAUUGCAGCAAAAAGCGCACAUUCUCAAAGAAUUAAAGACGAUAUGUACACAUCCAUCAGCGGAGCGCACUGUUUCCGGCGGCUGAACGGAACUCAUGUCACCGGAUGCAGCAGUGAAUUGGGUGGUUCGGUCGGUGUUUUGCAUUUGAUAAGAUCGUCGGCGGAUAUCGAUUUCAUAGUAAAUGAUCACCCAGCUCCACCCUACGCCCCCAUAAUUCCGCCGCAUCUUUUCACUCGAGAGAACAUUCUACGAUUGAAGGAACAGGGUGCAGAGAUUGUCUCUGCCGUGGUUUUGAUAAACAAUGCUUCCAUGUUGGAACAGUACAGUCACGAAUCACGGUGUCCUAAUCAAUUCAGUGGAUUAGUUUCUCGAGACAGUGAGUCUUGUAGUGUGGAUCAACCGGACAACAGUUGGAAUCCUUGGGGCACAGGCCUAUUGUUGGAAGAUUUUCCAUUUCCGAUUUACUACGUGGCAGACCCUGAUGAAAUCAAAACGUUGUUAGAUUGUUUUGAGAAAUUCAAUAAUUAUGACCUAAGCAAUCAGCACAAAAGAAGCUUGUGUAGCAUUCAGGUUAAAGCAUUCAUGUCAGCAGCGUUGAGCUCGAGAGUAUGCUGGUCUCGAUCUGCUGUCUUCAAUUCGUUGAAUCCAGUAAAAUUUUGUGAUCCGUUGCAAGGAAAGAAUGUCUUUGCAACGUUAUUUCCUCGUGUUCAAGUAAAACCGGAAGAACGAAAGCUGGAUUUAACAGAACGGUUCAUACUUGUAUCGACACGAAUGGACACUACAUCCAUGUUUGAUGGAAUCGGGGCUGGAGCAAUGGAUUCGCUGGUUCCUUUUUCCGUUUUGAUAUCACUUUCCCACGUUUUGGCGAAUGUGUUGCCUGAAAGAAUCAAUUCAAAUGAUCCUAAUGUGUUGUUCGUUUUCUUUAACGGCGAAUCAUAUGACUACAUUGGAUCUCAGCGAUUUGUCUACGAUUUGCAAAAUGGGUUGUUUCCCAAGGGCGGCUUGGCAAACCCAAUAUCAUUAGAGAAUAUAGAUUUAAUGAUUGAUAUAGGUACAAUAGAUGAUCUCAAUGAUCUUAAGGUCUAUCAUGCCUCAGAAAUCAAGGAUAUACAACUGAUUUCAUCAACAAUUGAUAAAAUCAACACUAAAUUCCAAUUCAAUAUCAAGGCGGAAGCACCGAUCUUAACAACGAAUCUGCCUCCAGUGUCGUCCCAUUCCUUUCUACGAGAGAAUUCCAGCUUUCCUGCAAUAAUUUUUACGACGGCGCCAAAAAAUCGUUUCUACCAUUCUAUUUACGACGACAGUGAAAAUUUAAAAUUUGUUUAUGGAAAUCAUUCAAAGGGGAACGAUUUUACUCAACUGGAAGAUUUGUCCAAAAGAAAUAGUUUCUUUGCAAGUGACUCAAUUCAAAUGCGCAUACGCAACGCAUCUUCUUUGCUAGCUAUGGUCAUGUACGAGCGAAUUACCGGCCUUCCAUACAAUGCAAACUUUGGAGCCAGCAGCCUGUUAGUAGACGAGUUCCUGUACUGUUUUCUUACUUCAGCAGACUGUCCAUUAUUUCACGCAGUCUCUAAACCCGAUCAUCCCAAACCUUACGGCAAACCACCACCACCAAUCCGAUACAUUAGCGUACACUCAACGCUCCCUUCGGAGGCUUCGGGUUGGAUUUAUCAUAUGCUCGGAUUUCUCGUUGGCCAAAAGGUCCCUAACGCAACUAGCAAAGCAGAAUGCAAGGCCAUGCAUCAGCCGUAUAAAUGGUACGCCGGUUACUCCGGUGCUGGUGAGUGCCAUUGGACUACCCAAAACUUCAGCCAAGCUUUAUCGCCAGCGUUUCUCAACGAUAGUUAUGAUUACACUUCUCGUAACUAUUCUACUUGGACUGAGUCGACAUGGCGAGAAAUGUCUGCGCGUAUUUUCCUACGCCCAUCUGCUGUACACGAGUCGCUAACACUGUCGAUUGGUUUUGUGGUGUUGCUUAUAUCGUUCGUGCUGGUAUUUCUUAUCAACAGCCGAUCUGAGGUGCUGUUUAAUCAAUGCGCGUCAACGGUACCAAUCGCCCCUCCAACACAGUGUUAGGAACUAAAUUUAAACAUCUCACUGUCCCUAACAGCAAGACUGCAGAAUGACCAAAGCUGCUAGGCUGCGAUCAUCGAUCGAUUAACUAAUAGUAAUUCAACUUUCCAUGUUAUGUUUAUCCAUUACAAGCUUGCUCAUUUAUUACCUUCUUUAAAUUCCAAUGCUGAAAAAUCUUAUUUUUUCUACGUGCUAAUUUAUACUGAUACAAACGGUGAUUACACGAAUACUUAUAAUAAAUUAUUGAUCAAACC